ACCAGCACUGUUGGCUCCGACCACAAAAUGACGAUUCUUUCACCCGUGUCUCCGCUGGCAUCCUAUGAUAUGCGAACAUUCAGCUCUCCUAACAACAAUGGGACGACAAGAUAUGAACGACGUUACCCAAAACCCAGCUCAGAACAGCAAUACAAAGGCCCGGAAAGUAAAAAAGAUGGGCUCGAGAUACAGAUGAAAGAGUUCAGAUCACCGACUUCACCCGAAAACGUAUACAAUCCUCGCGCACUACCGCCGAUCGACUCUAACCAGCCACGGCCAUCAUUGGCUCGCAGUACAUCCACUCCCUCUUCUUCAUAUUCCCACAAGAAAACCGACUCCAUCACCGAGAGGCUCAUUUUACAACGAUCCACAAAAGCUGCGCAGUGGACAAUACACUGGCGGGCACCACUUACUACCGUUUCGGCUUUCGUCGUUGGACUGAUCCUCGCAAUUGGUCAGCAUAUGCUUUAUUCUAAGCUUCAUCAUGAAUCGCUUGGGGGAGAAGACAACAAAACGAAGAAAGUCCUGUAUGGACGAGCACUAGCUUACUUCUCCAAGAUCGCAUUUGGUGGAUGCGUGACCAUGGUCUAUCGCCAGCGACUCUGGACUACCCUCCGCCACCACGCUCUCUCCAUCUGGUCAAUUGAUCAACUCUUCCUAGGAACCGAAGAUCCUACACUGUUUUUCAACUGGGAAACCCUCACUAAAGCGCUUUUACCCACCAUCCUGGCAUUGAUAAUUUGGCUUGUCCCCCUCGCGACCAUCAUCUUCUCCCCCGGCGCGUUGACAUUUGGAGAAUUUCGCGAAAUUGAUGUCACCUCUCUCGCCGUACCGACUCUCAACUUUACUGCAGAGUCCACUACAGACUGGCGCAUUCCCAUCAAACUGGAUGACAACUCACACAAAAAAUCAGUAAUGUUCUACAAUACAACGGAUCGUUUGGGUAAAAAGGACGGAUGGUUCGACUACUAUGAUCAACCAUCUUCUGAUCUUACUCGCAUCUCUGUCCUCAACGCUUGGAGUGUCGGAAACCAAUCUACAAUGCGAACAGACGCGCGCCAAAAGUCGUGCGGGGGCGAACAGUUCAACUGCACAUACACCAACAGCUUCAUCGCCCCUCAGUACAAAUGUGAGGAGGUUGCGACGGGCCCCCAGGACGAUCAAAAGCUUUUCGAGAUGGGAGCUCCUUUCAACACGAGUGAACUAGUUCCCUACGGCAAACACGUGUAUCUCUCAAACGUCGAUGUGGGAGAAUACAGCAGACCACAGGCGCCUAAUAUCUCCAACGACGGCGGUGUACCCUUGGGUAGAAUCCCAGAUGAGCUAGGAACGUUCAUGAUAGAGCCGCAUUUGUGGAUCGGAUACUCGACCAACUCCACGGAGCCAUGGCCACCAAAUUCGCCAUUUGCACAGAACUGGACUAGCAGACUGGAUGCGCACAUUGUGCGAUGCAUUCAUUAUGAAGCACAGUAUACCGUCUCGUGGAACUAUACAGAGCCUUAUUACACAAUUGAUAGUUCUUGGACAUUUCUGGAGCCCAUAAUAGACACCAACUUCAGUAAGCUGGAAAACGGAAAACCAGAUUACCUGACCAUCAAACCGGCUUCGAACUUUGUUAGCCCUCGAACAGACGUCGGUAAAUACAAAAAAAUCGCCGCAUACCAUGCAGUCGGCGAAUCGAUGCGCGACUUCUUGAGGGGCAACAUCGAACUGGAACCCGAAUUCCCCGGAAACAGUUACCCGCGCGUCAAUUCCAAAAUCACCCAGACACGGCUGGUCAGCAAAACGAACAGCACACCGUACGAUCACUUUGAGAAACAUCUUCAAGACUUUUACUCCGACACCGUGCUCUCUCUUUUCUCGGCGCCGGGGAUGCUCGUCAUCGCGCAAGAAAACACCACCGUGACCCGCUCACGCUUUCGCGCCACAUUCAUUUACGAGCCCGAAACACUAUGGGCGUGCUACGCCCCCGUAAUAAUAGUAACCUUUCUAAUCCUACUUCUCUACGCCUUUACCCUUUGGCAGGACGGAACAACCUGGUCCAUUGGAUUCUCGCGCAUCCUGGUCACCACGCGGAACCAAACACUCGACGAAAUCAGCCGCGGAGCGUGCCUGGGCAACAACCCGUUCCCCUCGGAACUGCUGCGCACAAAGCUGCAGUUUGGUGUUUUGAACGAACCCACCGACUUCGAGGUCGUGGGCUUGGACGGCUUCACGGAAGUCGGACACUGCUCUUUCGGCGUACCGUCUGAGCUAUCGCCUAUUAUCAAGGGCGCGCCGUACGCAGGGCUGACACGUCGCCGUACGUAUGGUGGGGCUGGGUUGAGACCUUCAAUGGCCCCCUUACAAGAGAAGGAAAAGACUGAUUGA